ACUCAUUGAGGAUCAAGAGAGAGAGAGAGCACAGAUAUAAAAAUACUCAGUAGCAACUGACACUCACACUCGCACGGUGACAUCUGAUUAACUGCUUGUCGAUCUCAGUUGUAUGUUGAUAACGAGCAACGGACAGUUUGACUCAGAGCUCAGUCCUGCACAGAUGGGAAAGAGACAGUGAGAGAGAAACUGACCGUUUCCAAGACGUCCUGAAAGACCUGCAGCUUUGGACAAUGACUACCGCACCUACAGAACUGGACGAGCUGUGCUACCUCACGGCUCAGUCCAUGACAUCACUGGUGACAUCACAGCACUUCAAGCUCAUCAAAAAGCUGGGAGAGGGCUCGUACGGCAAGGUGAUGCUGGCGGUGCAUCAGAAGAGAGGAACCCCAAUGGCUCUGAAGUUCUUCCCCCGCCGCUCCACCACUCUCCAAGCUUUCCUGCGGGAAUACAAUCUCUCUGUCUCCUAUUGCACACACCCUUCUCUAACACGGGCUCUAGGCAUCUUCUACUCCACUCCUUCUCACUAUGUCUUUGCCCAGGAGGCUGGUCUCUAUGGCGACCUGUAUGAUGUCAUCGUGUCAGAGGAGGGGGUGAGUGAGGAGUCUGCACAGCGUGUGAUGUCUCAGUUGAGUGGUGCUGUCUCUCAUCUCCAUUCUCUUGGCUUUGUGCACCGUGACAUCAAGCCAGAGAACAUCUUCUUGUGUGACCGUGCUUAUCGCUGGGUCAAACUGGGUGACUUUGGCCUGGCACGAGCACAGGGGACCAAGGUCCGUGCUGUGUGGUACAACUCACCUUUCUGUGUGCCCGAGGUAGAGGGCGCCAAGACAGUCAGCGAUGCAGAGGAAGCGGAGGACAUCUGGAUGUCCGUGGAGCCCAGUUUGGAUACUUGGGCUUUGGGGAUCCUCAUAUACUGCCUGCUGACGAGCUGCUUCCCCUGGGAGGAGAGCACCUCUGAUGACCCUUCCUACCGCAAGUACAGAGACUGGUUCAACCGAAUCCAACAGAGAGAGGAGACACAAGACACUGAGGCUGAAACUGAUGUGUCCCCGCAGUUUGACUCUUUAAGCUCAUUCGUCCUCACCUUGCUGAGAAAGCUGCUGAACCCGCUGCCCCAGCUUCGCCCCGGGCCUGAUGAGAUCCUGUCUUACCUAGGGGGACCUUGGUUACUGAAGACAGAGAAAGAGGAGAUGAGGAGAGAGCAGGAGGCACAAGUGGAGGCAAAGAAGAUGCAUGAGAGAGGAGGGGUGGAAGGGGAAAAAGAGAUGAUGGGACGGAGGGAGAGAUAAAUUUCAUACACGACAACAAUAUCAUAAACAGAUGUACUUUAUUUUGAAGAUUUUAUAUAAUGUUUAUAUUUUUGAAUAUUAGUUUUUUAUAUCAAUAAAAUAGUUUUAUUAUAAAACUGGAGAAACUUGGACACUUGGGACAGUGGUUUCCAAAAAGAGUUUGGGCAAUUGUACAAGUAUUAAUGUAAUUGCAUUUAAAAAAAUGACAUAUAAUUAUAAUUAUAGAUUUUAGAUAUAAUUUGGUCACAUAUAAUAUAUAAUAUAUUUUAUAUAUUAAAUUAUAUUUAGAAUUACAUAAAUACACUACCAUUCAAAUGUUUGGGGUUGAUUUUUAAAGUUUUUGGAAGAAGUUUCUUAUGCUCACCAAGGCUGCAUUUAUUUGAUCAAAAACAGCAAUAUUGUUACAUGAAACAUUAUUGCAAUUAAUGAAUUUUCAGCCAUCUUCAGUGUCACAUGAUCCUUCAGAAAUCAUUCUAAUAUGCUGAUUUGGUGCUCACACAUUUACUAUUAUUAUCAAUGUUGAAAUCAGUUGCUGCUUGUGGAAACACGGUUAAGUAAACCAUUUUUCAUACAAGAAUGGUUUAGCCACAAUAAUUCAGUGUUUCUCAUAUUGAACUGGUAAUACUAAAACCAACAAUACUGCAAUUACCAACAGACUUCUCAGGUGCAAUGUAUAAGUAUUCACUCAACAUGUAGAGAGGAAAAUAGGUAGGUGUAGAUUAAUCAUGCUCAUCAUAUGUGGGUGGAAUAUAAACACGGUUUCUACCUCAAACCAGUUGUUUUGAUGUACAUAGCAAUACAUGUUUGAAUAAACUUGUUUUGGUGACUCAUUUACUCUCUUCAAUCUAUUAUAUAAUAUGCACUUCUCAAGUUGCACUUAUAAGUUGAUAUCCACAUAUGCGUACGUCAGUAUUUGUUGAUAAACUAUACCGACCUUAUCAUGCAUUAUAACACUUCAGAUAAUUCGACCAGAGCAGAUACAUUGACAGGCUGGUUCAAAUGCAGCUCCACUCUAAAUAGGACAAGAGAAGUGUGAAAUGUUAAACAAACACAGGUAUAGUGGGACGGGUGUCAGGUUAGUGUUGUUCUGGGAUUGACUGGAUCAGUUCAGAUAUGUGUAGCCGACUCCAACUUUCCAGCUGUCCACACUGUUGCACCAUCAAGACCACCCUGUGUUUUCUGUAACCAGUGCUUACUUAAAAAUUGCAGUAUAUUACAAAAUAUAUGUAGAUAGUAAUGUAAUCUCUCUAUUUUAGGUAUAAUCUUAUUAGUUUUGUUUACUUUUAGAUUACUUUCUACCUAGUUUAUAACAUUGAUUUGAAUUGGCUAUGUUUUAUUUAAGUUAAUAAAAGUUGAUAAUUAAAUCUUUAAAAAUGU